CCGCGUUUCCGGGGGGACCGCGAUCGGGGACGCGCGGCGUGGCGCGGCCGUUUAAUUCUCCGGCGGCGGCGGCGGCGGCGGGACGCGAUGGUCCCGAGCAGGCUGAUCGCGAAGCUGGGCCACCGGCUGGCGGAGAUCCGCGCGCGCGCGCUCAGGAGCAUCCUCUGCAAGCUGGAGCACGGGCUGGCGAGCCCCGCCGAGCUGGCGCGGGACCGGCGGCUCCUGGCGCACCUGCUGGAGUGGUUCAACUUCCCCCGCGCGCCGCUGCCGGCCGAGGCGCUGAGCCUGCUGGGCCGCCUGGUGCAGCACCCACCGGCAGCCCAGCACCUGGUGGAUCUGGGCGCCGUGGAGUUCCUGUCUAGACUGCGGGGGAACGUGGAGCCCGCACUGCAGGCCGAGAUCGACGGCAUCCUGGACGGGCUCUUCGUCCUCCCCCCGGACGCUCCCGCGCUCUGCUCGGCCUCUCAGCAGACCACCAGCCAUGCAGAACUGCCGCCGCAGUGCGCAGCCUUCCCGGGCUACUUCCCCCCGGAGAGUCAUGGCCAGUGGACGGAGGCGCCUCCCCGGGCCGCGGGCCAGCCCGUGAGCUGCGUGAAGUUCUCUGUGUUCCCCUGGCUGCCGCUGACGGCCACCGACAGGCACGUGCUCGCCUCCCACGACAGCUCUCUGAGGAGCAGCAACCACACCUUAAUCUGGAACACGUGUGAGCUCCUCAAGGACGUCAUCAUGCAGGACUUCCCGGCCGAGAUUUUCCUGCAGAGGCCGAAGAUCGUGCAGAGCCUCCUGUCGCUGCUGAAACUGGCCUUCGCGGGCGACGGGAAGCACCGGCUGGCCCUGCAGGCCGUGUCCUGCCUGCAGCAGCUCUGCACCGGCCUCCGCCAGCGGCUCAGCUGCCACCGCGACCCCGGCUUCUUCUCCAGCAAGCAAGACUCGGUGUCGCAGAACUCCUCCCUGUCCUACUGCCAGGACGCGCGCGGCGCCCCGCACUCCCGGAACCCCUCCCUGGGCAGCAGCAGCCCGCGGCCGUCCGUCGUCGGGCGCACCGGCCAGCGGCCCCGCGGGGACGGCCAGGACUGGGACGCCGGCUCUUCCAGCGGCGGCAGCAGCCGUGCCCGCAUGGACUCCCGGCUCUCCGGCCACUCCCCGCUGGACCUGGCCCCCCUGGAGCUGCCCGAGCUGGAGACGGAGCUGGGCGCCCUGGAGCUCCGGUGCCAGCAGCUCAGCCUGCCCCAGUUCUGCGUGUCCGUCCUGGAAGCGGCCGCCCCCCUGCUGCGCACCGGGAGCAGGCAGAUGAUGAUCCGGGUUCUGGAGUUGCUGGCAGAGGACUUGGUGCUGACUGGGGAAGCGGUUUCAGCAGCCGUCUGGGAUGACGACAGUCUGUUUGCCAUUGAUAUGAGAGAGCGCCUGCUGGCCGUGCUGAGCUCCCUGGGGGACACGCUGUGCCACCACCAGAGCAGCGCCCACGCGGGGCCCACCGAGGCCGUGCGCGUGCACCACCGGAUGGCCUUCGUCAGCACCUCGCUGCUCGCCCUGCGGCUGCUGCAGACAGUGCUCCCCGUGGAGAAGGCCAGCCACUUCCUGCCGGAGUCGCUGUCGGCCGCCCUGUUCCUGCUCGCGCUGGACCUGCCCGUGUCCCGGGAGUACCCGGGCGAGCACGGCGCCGCGGUCGCCUACCUGGAGCAGCUGGACGCCGAUGGCUACAGCGUCUACACGCGCGCCGCCCAGGCCGUGCGCUCCCUCGAGUGCGCCUGCAGCUUCCUGGCCGACGUGGGCAGGGAGGGCGAGAAGAACCUUCCGGAACUGCUGGAGCUGGCGGACCACGCCCUGCGCAGCUUCUCCUGCCACCAGCACUUCGCCCUGGUCCCGGAGAUCGUCCGCGUUUGCUCGAAGAUCUGGAAGCCCGCCCAGGCCAGCCCCCUGCUGCAGGCCGAGAGCCAGAAGGUGCUGCUCCGGCUGCUGUCCCACCCCAUGCCGCAGGUGCGGGCCGAGACGUACCGCCGCUGCCUGGAGACCGUGAAGGACUGUCUAGGCGUCCACAACGUCGGUAAGCCCGAGUCGUCACUCUGUACUGGAAUCCAUUUUCUCCUGCACCCGAAAGUCCUGUAUGAGAUUUCUGCGUUUGGCAUCCAAGAGCCCCAGGACGAGGUGAGGGCUGCGGCCAGGGCCGUCCUGACGUACCUGCUGCAGGGCCGGCUGAUGAUGCCGGCGCCCACCUGGGGCAGGUUCAUCGAGUCCCUGUGCCCCGUCAUCCCCGUGCUGCAGGGCUACGCCGACACCGAGGACCCACUGGGCAGCUGCAUCCUCCUCCUGAGCAAGGCCAGCCCCGAGGCGGGCGGCGGCCUGCCCCGGCCCGUCUGGCUCCGCUCCGUCCUGCGGCUGCUGCUGGUCAAGAAGCCCAAGGUGCGCCUGCUCGCCUUGAAGUACUUGGCGACCCACCUGGCCCGGGAGGAGGGGGCCGAGGGAAAGCGCCCUCGGGUCGAUGCCCGGCUUCUCGCCAGAGCCACGGAUUUGUUCAUCGUGAGGAAGCCUGUCGCGCUCCAGCUGGACGACCACAGGGAGCUGAUCAUCAAGGUGGAGACGGUGGAAAAGGUGUACGGCAUCUUCGUCUCGAACGACGUGGACCUCGCGGUGAGGAAGUCGGCGGCCGAGCAGCUGGCGGUGAUCCUGCAAGAUAUUAAGAUGCAUAGCAUGGUGAAAAAGGCAUGCUUGAUUGACAAGAUAGUCGAGUACCUGAGUAGGUGUGUGGCUCGGGAUGGCCAGCUGCUGGAGUGCCUGGUGCCGCCCAGCCUCACGCUCCUGAGGAAGGUCCUGUGCGCCGACGGGGCCCUGCGCCUCUCGCUCUCCCAGCAGCCCGCUCUGCUGACCGCCCUGCUCCGAGUCUCCUUGAUCUUCCACGAAGACAGUGCUGUCGUGACCGAGGUCGGAGCCUUGUUCUGCCUCCUGUUGUUCGACGAAGUCUCGCGGAUGGACGUGUGGUCCCUGGACCCGGCCCCCGCCGAGGCCGCGCCCGCCGUCUUCAGCUUGCCCGUGUCCGUUUUCAGAAGGUAUCACCUGCCCGUCCACGUCCUGCGGCACCACGCCGUGAGCCCGUACGCCAUCGUCCUGCCGCUGUCCGCCGACUGUCUGGCCUCCAGGCCCGUCUCUGACAUGCUGCGGAUCGCCUGGAACCUCGCGUGGUACCGCGGGAGCGAGAACCUGCUGAAGCAGGCUGACUCGGAGCCUCAGCACCCAGAGUUCCUAGGUGCCCUGCGGCUGUCUGCGGAGGACGCCCUGGCUCUGAGGGUCACGCACACGGCCAGCGGCCUGCAGGACUGUGUCCAGGCCAUCUCGCAGGCUGCAGGCCACCGGGAGGUGCGGGCGGCCGUCACCAGGAUGAGCUUCUACCUCCUCAACGACAGGUGGUCCUCCAGGGAUGCCGGUGGCCGCUGUGGGGCGGCCCUGAAGUCUCUGGCUUCUUGGCACGUGGCGCUGGACAGGUUCCUGCAGGUGCUUCCUGCGUGCACCGAGGACGAGAAGCUGCUGAUAGACGUCGUGCACUUCCUGCACAAGUUGCUGCGGGACCAGAGGAAAGCUCCUUCGGUGCAGCUGCUCACCUGGCUUCUGGAAUCGCUGCUCCGACCCAGCCCGAACCCCCUGCUGGACCUGCUGGUCCCGGCGGAGUCCCAGGCACGGGAGGAGGCGGACAACGUCCGCACGGCCGUGCGGCAGCAGCUGCAGAAGGAGCUGAUCGCUUUCUUCAACACCCUCCUGCUCGCCUUCGACGGCGUCUCCGACAGGCGCUGCCUGGAGCUCCUGCGCGCCUUCCAGACGCAGCUGGGCCUGCGGCUGCUGCAGCGCCUGCGGGUCAGCGACGCGCCCCACUUCUACGGGCUGCCGGCCCUGGCGCGGACGCUGCGCGCCCUGGCGCACCUCACCGCCUGCCCGGGCUGGAGCGCGCACUCCCCGCAUGCGCGGCCCCUGGACAUCUGCGAGAAGUACCUGGCGGGGCUCCUGGAGGUGGUGACCUCCUUCUACGUGGAGCGCGGCGGGAACGCCAUGUCGUUCAUGGGCAAGGGCGUCACCAAGAGCACCGUGCUCUGCCUGCUGCAGCUGUCGCACGAGAUGCUGGCGCAGGCCCCCGUCCCGGACUGGAUGUCGCGGUGGUUCCUGCCGCUGGGCGGCCCCGGGGAGGACCAGGCUCCGGGCCAGCAGGGACUCAUGUGGCUCAUCCCGCUGUGGGUGGACCGCGACCCAGAGGUCAGGUUCACUUCGCUGGCCCUGGGAGCGGCGCUGACCACCCUGGACACGGGCUGUGUGGCCCUGGCCAGCAGCUGCCAGAACAUCUCCGGAGGGCUCUGGGGAACCGUGCUCAGCGUCCUGCUGGACCAGGCCGAGUGCAGCAUGGCGCGCCGGGAGGCCGCGUUUAUUCUUCAGAAUCUCCUUGUAAUUCCCAUGCCUUCAGAAAGUAUAAAGGAUUAUACUUGGCAGGGCCCCUGUGUCCAUGACGAGGACUCGGGCCUGUCCCUCGUGGGCACGCCGGCCCUCCAGGCGCUCCUGAGCCACUGUCGCUUCUACGAGCACCUGCACCAGAUGGUGGAGCACCGCUUCCUGGCGCCCGCCACGUGCGAUGCGGUUCCCGCUGCUCCGGACGAAGCUGCAGAAGGCCACGGCGACUCGGACGGUCUGGACGACUCCUUCAAGUUCUGGUGGACUCCGUCGGGGAUACCUACGCACGAUCAAGAUCCAGCCUCUCUCUCGACCUCGGAAACAAUGGUGACGCCUCCCUCCGGAAGUGCCGAAUUCCAGCCGCUGCUUCUACCGGAGACCUCGCAGCACCAGUUUGGGACUCAAGGCCAGCCUGGCACUGCGUCACCCUGGCUUCCGCGCGACUCGUCGCUCUCGGCCCCUGCGCCCAGACCCCGCGUGCUGGUGACGCCCCCUCUGCUGUCGGCCGUGUGCAGCCUCCUGGACAGCCUGCUGGCCGUCAUGCCCAGCGACACCGCCAGUGCCCUGCGCCAGGCCCGGCUCGUGGAGCUGCUGUGCAGCACCGCAGAGGCCGCCCCGCUGGACACCCGCCUCCAGGAGCUCCGGGCCUCGCCGCCGGCCUCGCCCUCCCGGGAGCACUGCCGGGCCCAGGCGUCCUUCCUCCUGGAGUUCCUGUCCUCUCUGUCCAGGCUGCUGCAGUCCUGUCUGCUGGUCGACCCCGACCUCGUGGUGCAGGAAGAGCUUCUGAAGCGCCUCACGAGGACCGUCCUGGGGGUCCUCACCGUGGGCGCCAAGGACGUAGCCGAUGCGGAGCUCGUCCCUGCCUUCCACCACGCGUGGACACAUCUGUUUAGCCUGCUGGCCGCUCUCCUGCGCAAGGCCGGCGCGGCCGCCCUCCCGGCCCUGACCCUGGGCCUGGCCGAGCGCUGGGCGCCCGCCGUCGAUCUGUUCUGCCACUGUGUGGGCCUGGCCGCCCGGUGUCCCUCGCUGUCCACCGCCUGUCUGCAGUUCCUGUCCGUCAUCUGGACGCAGGAGGCGAAGCGGCGCCUGCAGGACAAGGAGAAAGCGCGGGAGACGCACAGCCCCACCCUCACGGCGCUUCUCGACCGGCCUGGGGCGGGGCAGAGCUCAGCCGAGCGGCUGGGUGAGGUCAUCCUGCAGUGCUACGAAGGCGUGCCCGCCCGAGACAGCCUGGGGAGGGCCGCCGCGGGCGCCCUGCUGUCCCUCCUGGCCGUCAGCCGCGGGGCGCAGGAGCACGCGCUGAGAGCCGGUCUGAUAGACAGUUGCCUGGCACAGAUGAAGCAUGUCAGCGCACAGCUGCACCUCGAGACCCUGCGGCCCAGGAAGGCAGCGCUGAGGAAGAGGGACGACGGCCUGGGGAGAGAGCUGGGCACGGCCAUGCAGCUGCUGAGGAACUGUCUCUACCGGAACGGAGGCUGCAAGGAGGCGGCUCUCCAGGCCCACCUCGUCCCGGUGCUGCACUCUCUCUGGCCCUGGCUCUUGAUGGACGACUCGCUGAUGCAGACCGCCCUGCAGCUCCUGUGCGUCUACACCGCCAACUUCCCCAACGGUUGCAGUUCCCUCUGCUGGCCGGGGGCCGGGCCGGCGGCCUGCAGGGGGCCGGCAGGCAGCUCGCUGAUGCAGUGCCUCCUGAAGCUGGCUUCCCAGAUGCCCCCCGAGAGCAGCACGGUGCAGCAGAUGGUCUUCAUGUUCCUCUCCAACCUGGCCUUGUCGCACGACUGCAAGGGCGUCAUUCAGAAAAGUAACUUCCUGCAGAACUUCCUGUCCCUGGUGCCGCCGCGGGGGGCAGGCCGGCAGCCCGGCCCCCUGACGGCGCUCUGGCUGAAGCUGCUGCUCAACAUCUCCCUGGGCGAGGACGGGCAGCAGAUGAUCCUGCGGCUGGACGGCUGCCUGGACCUGCUCACCGAGAUGAGCCGCUUCGAGCACAAGAGCGCUCCCUACACGCCGCUGCUCAUCUUCCACAACCUCUGCUUCAGCCCCGCCCACAAGCCCCGGAUCCUGGCCAACGAGAAAGUCCUGCAGGUGCUGGCCGCCUGCCUGGAGAGCGAGCACCAGGACGCACAGCGGAUCGGCGCCUCGGCCCUCUGGGCUCUGGUUCACAACUACCAGAAGGCGAAGUCGGCCCUGAAAACCCAGUCGAUCAAACGGAGAGUGGACGAGGCGUACUCCUUGGCGAGGAAAACUCUGUCCCACGCGGAGGAGACUCCCCUCAACGCCUAUUACCUGAAAUGUCUCGGCAACCUGGCGCAGCUGCUGAACUCCUCCUGACCCCGGCGGUCAGCGCGAGCAGGACUGCCCCAACUCGGCCUGGCUGUGUCCCCAGGGGGUCGGGGGCCGCUCCCUGCCCGGCGCCCACCCCCCCACCCCCUUCCUCAGGAAAUGCCGCUGACGCUGAAGGAAGGCCAGCGCAGGGUCCCAGGGACACGCACCUUUUCUAUGCAACUUGUUUUGUAAAAAUGUUAUUUAACUAUUAUUUAAUUA